ACACAGUUGUUUGGCGAACGAAUCACAUAGAUGCACGUAGACGAAAUGACACGUCAGGAAGUGUCCGUGUCCGUGCUCUUCACGUCGCGUCAGUAGUAGAGGGCACCGCUGAUAGAGGGUCGGAUUCGGCGUCACCGACGCGGUCGUCGAACAUCGUUGCACGCGCGUCGAGCUUUGGGGCCUGUUUGAUGUUCAAGCUGGUCCCUUUACAAUUGAAAAUAGUUCCCAGUUUCGAACAAUCGGGGCGCUUUAGUAGUAAGCGCCUCGCGCAUUCAUGAACGUGGACUCUGCCGCGCUUAAAUCAGUAGACUCAACAGCACCUGUCGCUUUGACCACUUUGACAGAUUCGCAGCCGCUGCAGCCGAAGUUCAACGCCGCUGUCUUCGAAGAUACAUCACCGAUGGGCAGCCCCAUCAAGCUGCUGUUUUAUGCGCUGGGAAUAUUCGUCUGCUAUUUCUACUUUGGCGUGCUUCAAGAAGAAAUAACCAAGACCCAGUAUGGCCCAAAGAAGGAGAAAUUUGUGUAUGCACAGUCACUACUAAUCUUUUCGUGUAUCAUGAAUGUAGUAUUUGCAAAACUCAUGCUGUCAACGUUUUUAAAACAAGGUGUGGACACAACAAGGAGGUCUUACUACAUCAUAGCAGCCAUGACCUAUUUAGGAGCCAUGCUUGCUAGUACAAUUUCACUACAGUUUGUGAAUUACACUACACAGGUGGUGGGGAAGUCGUGCAAGCCCAUCCCUGUGAUGGUGCUCGGGGUGCUGAUUGGAGGCAAACGCUACAGUCUGUCCAAAUAUCUCUCCAUCCUGGUGGUGGUCCUGGGGGUGGGCCUUUUCAUCUACAAGGACAAGAAGGCUUCCCAGACCACGCAGAGCAUCACAGGCACCGGGGAGCUGCUGCUGCUCCUCUCGCUUAGCCUCGAUGGCAUAACAGGGGCAGUCCAAGAGCGGAUGAAGUCGGAAUACCAGACAAAGUCUGGUCACAUGAUGCUAAUGAUGAACUUUUGGGCCACUGUCUGCCUUGUUUUUGCUCAACUCUUCACACAGGAAAUGUGGGCCUUUGUAGCAUUUCUACAAAGAUAUCCUAGCCUCUUCCUAAAUAUACUUCUCUUUGCCUUGACUGGAGCAUUGGGACAGACAUUGAUUUUCCGAACGGUGAGCGAGUACGGCCCACUUCCUUGCUCGGUCGUUACAACAACGCGAAAGUUCUUCACUGUUCUUGGCUCCGUCGUCAUCUUCAACAAUCCUCUGAUUACCAGGCAGUGGGUCGGAGUCGUGUUAGUCUUUGCAGGGCUCAUUGCGGAUGCCUAUUUUGGGAAGACAAGCAAGGUGAAGAAAUGAAUCUCGACGGGGAGGGAAGGUUGCUCAUUACAAAGAAGGUUGGGAUAGACAUGUCAACAUACCUCAUUGACCACUGUAAAUAAGAGCGAGCUAUUUAAAUAGAAAGCUUUCAAACACCAGGCCAUUUUAUCAUGAGAUGGGAAAAGAACUGCGGUCGGUCACAUCUUCGGUGGCCCAAUAAACCACAGUUCUAAAAAUGUC